AUGGACAAAGAGACAAAAGAUGGCAAUGAACUUGUAUACAAUCAGGACACUGGCCUUCUUGAGUAUAUCGAGGCUUGCACUGCAUGCCCAACAACAAGUAGCAAAACAAAAAAGGUUUCAUCGGUGAUAAAAGAAAAACCAGCUCGACGUUGGAAAUCAAUAAAUUCUCAGUACUGUAGUUCUUGCAUGGAAGGUGGUGAGCUUUUAUGCUGUGAUCGGUGCCCAGCAUCAUUUCAUUUGAUGUGUCAUGAACCACCUAUUGAACGAAGUUCUAUCCCAAGUGGAAAAUGGUUAUGCAAUCGUUGUACGCAUGCAGUGGCAAAUGAUACCAGUCCGAAGGCAAUCAAAAAAGUACCGAAACUGGAUGCUGAGUGUUCCUCAGUAGAUGCACGGCGAAAUAAUGCUACAAUAUCUGGCAUUAUGGAACAAAAUACAGAUAGUGGCCUUAGUGCAUUAGCAGUAUUAGCUGAUGCAGCUUUAGCUACAAAUGCCGAACAGUUCUCCAUUCCGUAUGAUUUAUCCUGCCAAAUUCCACCUUUACCGUUUGACGAACGAUUAACAUCUACACAAUUAGUACCACCACCGAAAGCAGUCUGUCAUCUUUGUGCAUCGAGAAAUGAAAAGUCGACAAUGAUUCAGUGUGAUUUUUGUUCACUUUGUUAUCAUCUCGACUGUCUUACACCUCCUCUUCCUUCGGUACCAAAAGAUAAAUGGAUGUGUCCAGCUCAUGUGGAACAUAUUUUGGAUCGAAAAUUAGCGAAAACACUUUCGUUACGUAAACGAUUACAUAUCUGGCAAAAAUAUGCUAGACAACCGAUUGAUGAACAUUUAAUUAAAAUCUCAUUUCUUAAAAAAGCUCUUCGGGAACGAGAAAUAGCCGUAGAGGUGGAGGAUGAUACUAUCAGGACUCCGUGUUUCUCUGUCCCUGAAUGUAUCAAAGAAUUAUAUGAGACACGAUGGAACCAGUGGAAAAAGGAUGAACUACCCAGUGAAAAGGAACAGGAUUUAUGGUUUAGAAAUAUUGUACGAAUGCAAAAAAUGCAAGUUGAACUGGAUUUGUGUGGAGAUAGGAGUACUGAUUUGGACGAGAAACAGGAUGAAGAUAAUUCUAAGAAACCGGAUAUCACAAAAGAAUCAGCUACUGCUGGAACUACAGAGACUGGGCAGCAACGUCAAUUAGAAUCACAAAACGAUGUGCAUAUGCAGUGUUCUGGUUUGGCAAAUUUUGUAGAACUACCGUUGUUAAAGCGUAUUCGACGCGGUUGUCUGUCGUUGAUGGAAAAUCCGGAAACUACAGAAUAUCGCAUUAUUGGUUCUCUUGCCUAUCAGAGAUUAGAGCAGUUAUUGUGUACGGCGAAAAGUUCUCGAAAUAUUAAAAGAUUGAAAUUUGAGAAAAAAAUUUUACAUGAUGAUUUGCCAGUGCUAGCCGUAUUAAAAGCCAAUGAUAUGGAUGCUUAUCCUAUACAACAGAUGAAUACAACUAUAGGCAUCGAUUCUUUAUGUGAUUUUAAUUUGAGAGAAGUUGCGCCACUUUGUCGUGCAAUCGCUGGACGUCAUGCUUUGUUACUGUUUAAUAAAGUUUCUCGGCGAUUUGAGCUGCUUCUGAAGCAUGGCGAUCGUUUUCGUGUUGAUGGAAUAACGUAUAGAAAUAGCGAUGAUAGUUCCACAAAUAUUCCUUCUCUUUGUUCAUGCACAGCUACAAAUAGUGUGAACUACAAGCAUGAAAUUGCAUACUUGCAUCAUGGAAGUAUCAUUGAUAUUGGUUGUGCACGAUUGAUUUUUGCAUCUUUCUUUUAG